UACUUGCAUCUGCAAACAACAGGGGAGCAGGGUUCUCGUAUUUUACUGCCGCCUAGUAUCUGGCGUCGCCUACGACAGCCGCGACCUGGUCAAGACACUGCGUCUUCACACGAGGUAUUCGAUGAGUCGCGUGGAGCAACCUCCAUUGCGGCCAUUACUAUAAAUACUACGUCUUCUGUCGAAAAACCUGUUGCCGAUCCGCCCAAUCUUACUAGUUCCACUUACGAAUAUACCGAGACUGGUGGUGUAGUGGAGUCGUUUGGCCAUGUCCGAUAUCCCACACCACUACCGCGAGUUGUGCGUCGGUGGAUAAGCAUUCUUGAGUGUGCCGUCUUCUUUAAACAGGUCAUAAUCCCUAUUUACAUACCUGAAGUUUUAAAGCCUCUUUUUUAUAUUUUGGUCAUAAUAUUGCCAUUAAUUAAAAUCGUUCUCGUGCAAGUGUCAAGGUAA